GUCGCUUAUUCGCACUGCGCAAUUAAUAAUCAUGACGCUUUCUUUCUACGAUGUUUAAAUGUCUCUCUGCAAGGCAUAUUCUAUUCUGCUCUCCAACACCUACACAUCCGGUCGCCCGGAUAUUCUACGGGAAAUGACAGUCGCGUACGGACGAGAUGUCACCACCGAUCAUGGUUUAUCAGCGUCUAGUCUUUCUGAUGUCUAGAACAAAUUAAUCACCGGCCCUCCAUGUCAGAAGGAUCCCGGGCUCCGUGGUCGAAGCGGGUUUGUGUGGAGUCGCAUCGCCGAGAACAGGGGAAACACAAGCAAAGGAAAUGUGAACGUCCUCCCAGCACACUGACAGCGAAGCCGCCAACCGGCCAGGACGCCUCCAAAAGGUGAAUCCCUCAGAAAAGAGGUUUUUUCCUACGGACACAAAGGGCCACUGUCAUGCCCGUGGCCAAUCAGAGGUGCUUAAUGGCUGGGGACGUUGAGGUGUACCUGUCACAGGUGCAUGAUGGGAGCGUGUCCUCUGGCUUCCGAGCCUUGUACGAGGAACGUCUUUUGCUGGAUGUGACCCUUUUGAUAGAAGAACAUCAUUUCCAGGCCCACAAGGCCCUGUUGGCCACACAGAGUGACUACUUCCGGGUCAUGUUCACGGCAGAUAUGCGCGAACGAGACCAGGACAAGAUCCACAUGAAGGGGCUGACAGCAGCUGGCUUCGGUCACGUCCUUCGCUUCAUGUACUAUGGCUCGUUGGAACUCAGCAUGCCCACAGUGCAGGAAAUUCUGCAGGCGGCCAUGUAUGUGCAACUCACCGAGGCUGUAGAGUUCUGCUGUUCUUUUCUUUUGGCCAAAAUCUGCCUGGAAAACUGUGCCGAGGUUAUGAGGCUGCUGGAUGAUUUCAGUGUGGCAGUGGAGGGAGUGCAAGAGCGGCUGGAUGCCUUCCUGCUGGAGAACUUUGUGCCUCUGAUGUCAAGGCCUGACUUCUUGUCCUAUUUAAGCCUGGAGAAACUGGUGGUGUGCCUGAGUAGUGAGCGGCUGUGUCGGUUCCCGGAGAUCGAGCUGUACGAGGCUGUGCAGUCCUGGCUUAGACAUGACCGACGCCGCUGGAGACACACGGACGCUGUGGUGCAGAACCUGCGAUUUGGCCUCAUGACACCAACACAAGUGUUUGAAAAGGUGAAGACUUCGGAGUUCUAUCGUUACUCCCGUCAGCUGAGGCAGGAAGUGGACCAAGCACUGAACUACUUUCACUCGGUGAACGAGCAACCGUUAGCCGAAACAAAGUCCAACCGGAUUCGAUCUGUUCGGCCUCAAACGGCUGUGUUUCGAGGGAUGAUCGGCCACAGCAUGGUGAACAGCAAGAUCCUCCUGCUUCAUCGGCCCAAGGUUUGGUGGGAGCUGGAAGGUCCACAGGUUCCACUUCGGCCUGAUUGCUUGGCAAUCGUUAACAAUUUUGCUUUCCUGUUGGGAGGGGAGGAGCUUGGGCCUGAUGGAGAGUUUCACGCAUCAUCCAAGGUUUACCGCUAUGAUCCAAGGCAGAAUUCCUGGCUCAGGAUGGCAGACAUGUCAGUCCCUAGGUCGGAAUUUGCUGUCGGUGUGAUCGGAAAGUUUAUCUACGCUGUGGCAGGACGGACACGGGACGAGACAUUUUACUCGACAGAGCGCUAUGACAUUGCAGAGGAUAAGUGGGAGUUUGUGGAUCCAUAUCCAGUUAACAAAUAUGGCCAUGAGGGCACAGUGUUGAAUGGAAAACUCUAUAUCACCGGUGGAAUCACAUCAUCCUCCACCUCCAAGCAGGUAUGUGUGUUUGAUCCAGAGCGCGAGGGAGCAUCUGAACACCGCACACGCCGCAAUCCCAUUCUUACCAACUGCUGGGAGAACAAAUCUAAGAUGAACUAUGCACGCUGUUUCCACAAGAUGAUCUCCCACAAUGGGAAACUUUAUGUUUUUGGAGGAGUUUGUGUAAUCCUCAGGGCAUCUUUCGAAUCCCAAGGCUGCCCUUCAACAGAAGUGUACAAUCCAGAAACGGACGAAUGGACCAUCCUUGCUUCUAUGCCCAUUGGGCGAAGUGGGCAUGGUGUGGCAGUGCUAGACAAACAGAUCAUGGUGCUGGGUGGAUUGUGCUACAACGGCCAUUACAGCGACUCUAUACUCACCUUUGAUCCUGAGGAGAACAAGUGGAAGGAGGACGAGUAUCCCAGAAUGCCUUGCAAACUGGAUGGCUUGCAGGUGUGCAGCCUGCACUUUCCUGAGUAUGUCCUGGAACACAUGAAGCGCUGCAGCUGAGGGGUGGGUGCAGGUCUCUGGGGUGGGGAAAAAACACACAAAACAAACGUUUACAAAUGUGAAAGUAGUCUUCAUAACUUAUUACACUUUUAAACAGUAGGUCAGUGCUUAUUUAAGAACAAAAAGCUUCAUACUUUUUAGGUAGAAGUUGGCAGGUUUGGGGGAUGUCAGGUAGGGGGAAAUGGUUAAUAUUGCUGGUUAAGCCGUUUAAGCAUUUUUCCCUCCAAAAUCAUUUUUCUCAUUUUAAGAGGACUUAACAGCAAACAUUUCUGUGGACUUUUUUUUUUUUUUUUCUUUGUGCAUAAUAAUGUCAGUCUGUUCUGUAAUUGUAAUGUCCUGUACAAUAACGGCAUACUGCAUUUCCACCACAUUGUUCAUCGUGACUUUGACCUAUUCCCCUCUGGUUCUGUGUUUGAGGAAGUUUUUCUUCCACCACUUUCAACUCUGAUGCAAUUUUUUUGCACUAAUGAUCAACUGGACAAAAAUAGACAUUGUAAAUGUCAUUAACAACAACAAAAAACAACACAAUUCAUUUCUUUUUGCUUUAAUAUUCAUUUGUCUUGAUGUCACACGCUAUGAGAUUUAGGUUUUGGAUGAUGAUGAUGAUUAUAAAGUUAGUAACACUAAUCUGUGAUGUGGAUUAAAUUUUGCACUGUAAAGGGUGUUGUUUUUUUUACUGUUAGGCAAUAACACUGUUCCACCACUACUGAUGAAAGAGGAAAAUGAAAGGAGAGUAAAGGCCAACCUUUCCUUUUAACCUCUUCCAUAUAUGUUAACACUUAACCUUGUUUAAUUUAUUUACUUGCUGGAGCUUUGUCUUUAUCCCACUAAGCUAAACCAGCUGCUGUUUUCAGUUUUGUCACAUGUCUGUUUUGUUUCAUGAGCAAAGGGCUAAAUCACAUCUGCUUGUUUUUCAUUAUUUCAGGGGGUUAAUGUUGUCAUGCCAAAAAAUAGUUCAUAUUUAAUGGGCACUUGCAUUUACACAGUAUUGUUUUGUAUAUUUCAGAGAGAUCAUUUGGGUUGAAUUUCUCAGAAUAGAAUGUGUGGCUGGACAAAUUGUGUUGCAAUGUCUAAAGUACUUAAAACAGUAAUGUGCAUGUCAAAUAUCCAAUAGAACUAUGUACUGAACUGCUGCACGUGGCAGCAUAGCACACACAGAGGAAAGUGCUAUCUGCAGUUUUCUUCAAAACACAUCACUGAUUGUUAGUUUUGCUCACUUCGCUCCAGGCCACAGUAGGCUGUGGCAAUGACGGGAUUCGAAUGUGUAAAUAAUGAAAGUCCAUAGAUGGGAAUGUGCAAGGUCAAGCAGACAUGAUUUCUAAGAGUAUCUCAAAGUAUCUUCAUAAAUCUUUAUAGUCUUUACACUCGACACUAGCUGGCCAUCCAAUGCCCUAUAUGGCGAAAAGGUUGUGAACACCUGACCAUCACACCCAUAUGUGCAUUCCCAGCAUCCACUGAUGCUGGGCGUGAACACUUUGGGCACAUCAGCAUUCCAGUUUAUUCCAAACUUGUUAAAUGGGACUCUGUGCAGAUGCUUGGAGUUUUUCCAUUCCAAACUUGCCAAACCAUUUCUUAGUAUGUUUGGGUCUCUUAUUUUCAGCAUGGGGAAACGGCAUUAAAAGAUAUAAUUGUUUACUUGCACACUGGCAACAAGUUGGGAAAAUUUGGGAAAGGCCCACAUGUAGGUGUUUGAAUGUGUGCACAAACUUUUGGCUAUUUUAUGUAGGAACUAACCUGACACAAAUUCUGGGGAAAAUGUUAUGUUGGUAAAUGUUGAUGAUUAAUAUGAAUUCUUUUUGGCUCACAUAAUCGAACACCUUUUUAAGUAUAAUCAUUAAACUAGCUUUGAACACCGGGUGGCCAUUUAAAUACAUUGGAGAUGUGUUUUUGAGGGCUCACAGGAUACACAAAUCUACAGUCUUAUAUACAACUCAUGUAGAGCCUUAGACAAUGAGGAAGAGUUAUUAAUUAUGAAUGUUUAAGUGGUGUUUGACAAAGUAUUUGAAAGCAGUCAAACUGUACCUAUGGGAAGUUUCUAGAUGAGAUGGCAUAAUUAUAUUUAGCCUUAAAAGCCUGAACACAACAGAAGAAAAGCAAGUCAGUGACCCAUGUCAUUACCUAUAUAAGCUAUUUAACAAUUUUACUUAACAAAUUUCUAUUUUUGUCCAGCCACACAUUAUUCAUGAGAUUGUUCUGGCUAGUCCUUUGAGUUCCAUGUGGUAACACUCCAUUGGCUUCUUCACUAUUAUGCUUUCUGUUAGGCAUGCAAUCAUAGUUUAUACGAUAGGUUAUGAGUUUAAACACCUCAAAGGUGAAGGCAGCCUAGAUAUGUGGCAUCUUUUGGCACUGUUUGUGGCUUUAAGUUAAGCUCUGUCCAAUUAAGAAGGCAGCUUAUUUCUAAGACUUCAUAUUUACAUUUGUUCUUGAAGACAAAUCCCAUAAUAGAAAUGUUAAUGUAUAGUUCUAUACAUUAUAGUCUUUUGUAAAACUAAAUUAUUUUUUUUAUAUCAGUACAUGCCUACCUCAUGUAUUUUUUUCCCUGGGAGUCAUUGGCUUUGUACUGAUAUUAUAUAUGGUACUGGUUUGAACUUCCUCAAAUACUAACUUAUUCCCUCAUGUCUCUGUCUUGUGUUUCAUGUUUUCUUUUUCCACAACCAGCUGUCAAUGUCAUGUACAUAUAGACACCAAAAUACAACCUGAAAGGGUUUCUGCUGUGCAGCUUAAGAUAUAAAAUGCACAGGUCUAUCCAAUUUAGAUUUAUUCUUGUCACGUAUAUCCCUCUGCAAAAUAAUCUGAAUAAACAAAUGCAGUUUAAUAAAACAUAGCCCUGUAUCUAAACUGUACUUGAGCAUUAAUCAGAUUACUGAUGUAUUUACUGUGAUCUGAUGGUUUAUUGCUACUUGGAGACUUUGUAAUUUCUUUCCUGAAAUAAAUGUUCCUAUUGUUCA